GUGUUACGCAUUUAUGCCUGGGCCGCGACCCUUGCCUUUGCUGGGCAACUCUUGGCGGUUCGCCUUAGGUCAGAAGCCAUGGCGAACACGCGCUUUAGACAUCACUUUAUGGACCUUACGUGCUUUAGCCGGCACCGGCGGAGCGGCGAAGGUAGCAAAAUUAUUUGGUCAUCCAGAUUUAGUGUUUCCGUUUUGUGCGGAAGAGACCGCGAGAAUUUAUAGACGGGAAGACUCUAUGCCGCACAGGGCAGUGGCACCAUGCCUCAGACAUUACAAGCAAGAUUUGAGGAAGGAUUUUUUUGGCGAAGAACCUGGCUUAAUUGGAGUGCAUGGUGAACCCUGGUCAAGAUUCAGAUCAAAGGUGUCUAAAGCUCUGGUGGCUCCGGAAGCAGCUAGAGCCGCAGUGCCAACGUUAGAUCACGUCACAGAGGAUUUUAUAUGCCGAAUGGAACGGCUAGUUGAUGGAAGACGCGAAUUGCCUAAAGAUUUCCUUACAGAGUUGUACAAGUGGGCGCUUGAAUCCGUUGGGGCGUGGGCGUUGGGUACUCGUCUGGGUUGUCUUAAGGACAACGAUGCCGAUGCUAAAGAAAUAAUUCGCUGCAUCCAUGGAUUCUUCCACAGUGUUCCUGAAUUGGAACUAUCAGCUCCGUUAUGGCGAUUGUACGCAACACCAGCGUACAAAACAUAUGUGGAAGCAUUGGAUUCUUUUAGAACACUGUGUCUGCAAAGACUGACCGAUAAGGGUGUAUGUGCGCAUAUCGCGAGACAGUCUGGUGAAAAAGUUGCUACAAUAUUGGCGUUAGACUUGUUACUGGUUGGUGUUGAUACUACAGCAGCGGCUGCAGCUAGCGCGGUUUAUUUGUUAGCUAAUAAUGAAAGAGCUCAAAGGAAAUUACAAAAAGAAUUGGACAAUAAUCUUCCUUUGGAUAAGAUUUUGAACUGUAAGGAUUUGGAUAAGCUGCCGUACCUUCGAGCCUGCAUAAAGGAAUCUCUGAGAAUCAAACCAGUUAUUUUAGGAAACGGACGCUGUAUCCAAUCAGACGCAGUCAUAUCUGGAUAUGAAGUACCCAAAGGGAGUCAUAUAGUGUUUCCACACUACAUAAUGUCGAAUGAGGAGAGAUAUUUCCCCAACCCAUCCGCGUACGUGCCUGAACGUUGGUUGCGAGACAACGAGAUCCAAAAGGCUGCUCUGGAAUGUUCUAUUUCAAAAUGUCCAAUGCAUGAGCAGCAAUCACAACACGAAACAAAAGACGAUCAAGCGUUGAUUGUUUGCCGGAAACAAAAAGAUGUUGGUAUCCACCCGUUUGCGUCUCUCCCUUUUGGAUUCGGACGGCGAAUGUGCAUAGGGAAGCGAUUUGCUGAGACUGAGCUGCAAUUGUUACUGGCUAAGACAUUCCAAAGAUACGACGUCUCGUGGAGGUACGGCGAGCUGACCUACAGUGUGACUCCUACCUACGUUCCAAACGAGCCACUCCAGUUCACUCUAACUAAACGAGAAAAACUAACGUAACAGAUUAUUACCUCAUAAAUAACUGUUGACACAAGUAACUUUCUAUUACAUAAAUAUUAAAACAACUUAUGAAUUAGUGAAAUGGUCAAAACGUAACCGACAUUAUCUAAUUAAAGUUACCUUAAAAGAUCAAGUCGAUGGUUUUCUAAAUGGUGGCCUUAAAAACACCUUUUCAGUUAAAAAAAACAAAGGCGUACUUCGCAAUGUCGAAUCUAUGCCUGCUCAAAGCUGUCACGUAAUUAUUUAAAGUUAUGGUAAGCUCGGUGAUUUAUUCAGAAUAAAAUUUAGAACAUUCCGAAUAUUUAUGUGUAAUAAAUAACAAUA